GCUCUCUUCCUCCUCCUCCGGGUCCCGUAGCGAUCCUCCUGUCUGUUGCUAUACGCACAGACAGCAGCCCGUUUUAAAGUGAAACACGGAGCUCUGAGGCACUCGUCCUGGACCUCUCUCCUCCCGGCAUGCCCCAGCGAGGCGGCUAAAAACGGUUACCGGCUGACGAUGGCUUCGGUGCGGGCGGUGUGCAAAGUUGCGACGGGACUCGUGGGAAGUGUUCAGACCCUACGCUGCGGUCUCAGACCCGCUCGCCCGGUUACAUUUCUACACCAGGUUCAGCACAGAAGGCCUCCACUUGGAAGUUAUCCAGCUCUUUUCUACGCUACAAAUGCUCCCUCUAGUGCAGCUGCAUCUUUGAAGUACAAACAUGGGCGUUUGGUUCUGGAAGUCCCCUUGCCAUCCAGGAAUGAGAAGUGUCUGUUUUUUUUAAGGCCCAUGUUGAUGAGCGUGGGCGACUUGAUCAGCGAUCUGCAGAAAGAGGACCCAGGAGCUACCGCCUCAGUUCUCUCUAAAGAUGGGGAGCGCAUUGCCAACAGCACGCUGAUCGAUGCCCUGCUGGACAAGGACUUUCAGCUUGUCAUCAACAAUGCAGUUUAUAAUAUCUGCGCUCCUGAAAGGGUGUGUGCAUCUGCUGAGCACGCUAUGGAGCUGGAGGACAUGAAACAUGUCGUGCACCUGCUGCACACGGCGCUCCACCAGCCCGAACACCAGCUGCUGAAGGAGAGGGAGCUCCUGGAGAAACUGGACAACCUCAAACAGGAGCUUUCUCCUCUGGAGAAGAUGAAGGCAGACCUGUCCGGUAAAGCAGACUUCCAGACAUCCAGGGCUCUGUAUGUUGGCCUGGCGCUGCUGUCCGUGCAGGGCGGCGCCCUGGCCUGGCUCACCUGGUGGGUCUAUUCGUGGGACGUCAUGGAGCCCGUCACGUAUUUCAUCACCUACUCGACCAGCAUGGCAGCUUUCGCCUACUAUAUCCUCACCAAACAGGAUUAUGUAUACCCAGACGCCCAGGACAGGCAGUUCCUGCGUUAUUUUUAUAAGGGGGCCAGGAAAAAGAGAUUCAACGUGGAAAAAUACAAUGAACUCAAAGACAAGCUGGCCCAGGUGGAGGAAGACCUGAGGCGUCUGAGAUAUCCAACCCAACUCCAGCUACCAAUUGAACAAAUCCAGCCAAAGCCAUAAAUGAAGCCAAGCCAUGAAUGAUGGUCCCUCAAACUUUAACAGAGGAAAAA